UGAACUGGCAGCGCUCGAAUAACUGGGCCUAACCGGCCACCCGGAAGAGUAACCUGGCUCGGGGCGGCCCUGGAGACGCGCCUGGCUUCGGGGUCGGGCGCUAAUGUGGCUCACGUUCUAGGCCUCACCGGGUUGGAAAGAGGCUGUUUUAGCAAGUGUCACGCCAUGCUUUUGCCAAGUUUCCGAUUAAAGAUUGACAUUCCUGCAUGAACAUUUCCCUGUUAAAAUGUCCUUGCCUCUUACAGAGGAGCAGAGGAAAAAAAUUGAAGAGAAUCGGCAAAAGGCUUUGGCCCGUAGAGCUGAGAAAUUAUUAGCAGGACAGCAUCAGAACACAGUCUCGGGCUCCUCCAUUGCUGCCAAACCUUCCCAGUCCAAGCAGGGCCCUUCCACACACCUCCACCAGGAUCCUUCUAAGUCAGGGAGCCAUGGUGUCGUUUUCAAGCAACAGAAUCCCAGGAGUUCAUCUGAUGGUGAUCAGAGACCUCAAAAUUCCCACAGUUUUCAACUCAGCACCUCAGAGCAGGCAAAGGGGACAUGGCAGAGGCAAGAAGAGAUGCCCACAGCCUGCCCGAGCCACCGCCCACCAAAUCAAGUGACUCUCGCUGGGAUCUCCCCUCCCUUGGCAAACAGUCCUCCAGUGGUCUCCAGCGAGCAGCUCUGGGUUUAUGGGUUAGAGCAAGGUCAGAUUCAGGCUUCGCACAAGACCAAAUCGACACCCUUUGUUAACACAACUCAUGAGCCUUUGGCCAGAGCAAAGAAUUUCCAGGAGAUGACAGCUUCUUCCUCUGGACAGCCUCCCAGGGAUCCUGAAUUAGAGGCCAGGAUGGCAAGACCCUCCACCUCUGGGCAGAACGUUUCAGGGAGUGUGAUGCCCAGGCCAGAAGAAAGACUACAACAGAAAUCAGGGACCCCACUCCACAAAGCAGCAGGCUCCCAGCAGGGAACAUGCAUAAAAAUCGGUGAUCGUUUCCAGGUGAAGAUUGGGUACAAUGAAGAGCUCAUUGCAGUGUUUAAGAGUCUGCCCAGCAGACGUUACGAUCCUGCCACCAAGACGUGGAACUUCAGCAUGACCGACUACGGUGCCCUGAUGAAAGCAGCCCAGCACCUCCAGGCUGUCACCCUGCAGCCUUUGGAAGGGGCCGAGGGCCACGUGGAGUCACCCUCUACCAGCAGCAGCAGCAGAAUCGCAGCCCAGACCUGCCUUCCUGUAGCUCCCUCCCUUGCCUUUGUCAAAGGGCAGUGCAUACUCAUCUCCCGGGCCCGCUUUGAGGCAGACAUCAGCUAUUCAGAAGACCUGAUUGCGCUGUUUAAACAGAUGGAUUCCAGAAAAUACGAUGUCAAGACCAGGAAGUGGAACUUUCUCCUGGAAGAGUACAGUAAACUAAUGGAAAGGGUGCGCUGCCUUCCACAAGUUCAGCUGGAUCCUCUGCCCAAGACCCUCACCCUGGCUUUCGCCGCUCAGCUCCAGAAGACGUCUCUGUGUCCCGUGGCAGACAUCCCCGAGGCAGACCUGUCCAAAGUGGAUUCCAAGCUGGUGUCGAGCCUGCUGCCCUUUCAGAGAGCUGGAGUCAAUUUUGCCAUAGCGAAAAGAGGCCGCCUGCUGCUUGCUGAUGACAUGGGCCUGGGGAAGACCAUCCAAGCCAUCUGCAUAGCCGCCUAUUACCGGAAGGAGUGGCCGCUCCUGGUGGUGGUACCGUCCUCUGUGCGCUUCACCUGGGAGCAGGCCUUUCGUCAGUGGCUGCCGUCUCUGAGCCCAGACCACAUCAACGUCGUGGUGACUGGGAAGGACCGCCUGACAGCUGGCUUGGUCAACAUUGUCAGUUUCGAUCUUCUGAGCAAGUUAGAAAAGCAGCUGAAACCCCCUUUUAGAGUUGUCAUCAUUGAUGAAUCUCACUUCCUCAAAAACAUUAAGACCGCCCGCUGUCGUGCAGCUGUGCCCCUCCUCAAGGUUGCCAAGAGGGUGAUCUUACUGUCGGGCACCCCAGCCAUGUCCCGGCCGGCAGAGCUCUACACGCAGAUCCUCGCCGUCAGGCCGACCUUCUUCCCUCAGUUCCACGCCUUUGGACUUCGCUACUGUGGUGCCAAGCGGCUGCCCUGGGGAUGGGAUUAUUCAGGCUCCUCCAACCUGGGGGAGCUGAAGCUCCUGCUGGAGGAGACGGUCAUGCUGCGACGCCUCAAGGGCGACGUCCUCUGCCAGCUCCCAGCCAAACAGCGCAAGAUGGUGGUGGUCGCCCCAGGCCGGAUCAGCGCCAGGACCAGAGCUGCCCUGGAUGCCGCGGCCAAGGAGAUGACCACCAAGGAGAGCACUAAACAGCAGCAGAAAGAAGCCCUUAUUCUCUUCUUCAACAGAACAGCUGAAGCUAAAAUCCCAUCUGUCAUUGAGUAUAUCCUGGACCUACUGGAAAGUGGAAGAGAGAAGUUUCUAGUGUUUGCACACCAUAAGGUGGUUUUGGGUGCAGUUACUAAUGAGCUUGAGAGGAAGCGUGUGAAGCACAUCCGCAUCGAUGGCUCCACCUCCUCGGCCGACCGUGAGGACCUGUGCCAGCAGUUCCAACUGUCGGAGGGGCCCGCCGUGGCCGUGCUGUCCAUCACCGCCGCCAACAUGGGCCUCACCUUCUCCUCGGCUGACCUGGUGGUGUUCGCGGAGCUGUUUUGGAACCCAGGGGUGCUGAUGCAGGCUGAGGACCGGGUGCACCGCAUCGGGCAGUCGAGCUCUGUGGGCAUCCACUACCUGGUGGCAAGAGGCACGGCUGAUGACUACCUUUGGACCCAAAGCAGCAGAAGAUCUAUGACUUUUUCCAGAAGUCCUUUGAGGAAGACGGAAGCGAUAUGGAGCUCCUGGAGGCAGCGGAGUCAUUUGACCCAGGAAGUGGUUCCCAGGACACGGGAGACACACUGGACGGGAGCACAUUGACAGGCAGUCCGCUGAAGAAGAGCAGAUUUGAAUUUUUUGAUAACUGGGACAGCUUCACCUCUCCUCUGUAAGAGGGGCCAAAAAUGCAUUCAAAAUCAUGGAAUUUAUUAAAAUAAAAUGAGGCACUUUUUUGGAAAGGCUAUGUUCCUCUGGUCAUUACCACAGUGUUGGUCUCUGUCUCCAAGCCCGGCGGGUUACCAGGCAUGUGUCAGCAUUUCCUUUCAUUAUGUGUGGGUUUGCUUGGGUCUUAAUUAACCGUAGCUUAACCUACUGAGAAACAGACAGUAGACUGUAGUAGUGGUGAUUCAUGUUCUUUAAUUAACGAGGUGCUUCCUACACAGGACCCGAAAUCUAGAUUUGUAAAAUGUAUUGAUUCAACAAAUAUUUAUAGAGCACCUCAUGUGUGCCAGGCACUGUUUUCUAGGUGCUGGCAGCAAAUCACCAAAGAAAAGAAGAAAGUACACGCCUUUGCCCAAGUUAUCAUGUAACAGGAGAGGCAAUAGUUCUAUGUUCUAUGAAAAAAGUACAGUAAGCUGAGGGUUUAGAGCAGGGGUUGACAAGCUUUUUCUAUAAAUAGCCAGAUAGUAAUUACUUUGGGCUCUGUGAGCCAGGAUGUCUGUGUUGGAACUACUCAGCUCUGCUUCUGUGGUGCAAAAUCAACCAUUAGAUAAUCCGGAACAAGUGACUGUGGCUCUUUUCCAAUAAAAUUCUGUUACGGACACAAUUUUGAGCUUCUC